AUGUAUAUUAUAAAACUCAAGUCUGCUAGAACAGUUUAAAAAGCACAGUUAACCAAACAACUACGUCAGUUUCGUUAGAACAAAGCAUGAAGUCGCUUCUCUUACUACUUCUAUUCUCUUUUGUUGUCCAGUCGGCAGCUUUUUUCGGUUCAGACUUUUUGAAGAAGUUAUUCCCGAAUCUCGCUGGAAAUAAAGACGAAAUUAAUAAUGUCAAAGAAACGUUAGAUGAUACAAGAUUAAGAUUUAUCCCUGUGAAAUCGCCUGAAAUUAAAAAGCAAUUGGACGAGACUCUGUCACACUUACCAACUGCAAUUGACCAGAAAAAGGCUGGGGAGGGUGAUCAAUUCUCUGCCGGUAGUUACGAUGGUCGAACUGAAGAAACUAAAAACAAAUUUGUUGCUGGCAGCUACGAUGGCCGUUCUGAUGAAAAGAAGAACGAAUUCAUUGCUGGAACUUAUGAUGGAAGAUCUGAAGAAAAGAAGAACCAGUUCAUUGCUGGAAGCUACGAUGGAAGAUCUGAUGAGAAGAAGAACCAAUUCAUUGCUGGAAGUUAUGAUGGAAGAUCUGAUGAGAAGAAGAACCAAUUCAUUGCUGGAAGUUAUGAUGGAAGAUCUGAUGAGAAGAAGAACCAAUUCAUUGCUGGAAGUUAUGAUGGAAGAUCUGAUGAGAAGAAGAACCAAUUCAUUGCUGGAAGUUAUGAUGGAAGAUCUGAUGAGAAGAAGAACCAAUUCAUUGCUGGAAGUUAUGAUGGAAGAUCUGAUGAGAAGAAGAACCAAUUCAUUGCUGGAAGUUAUGAUGGAAGAUCUGAUGAGAAGAAGAACCAAUUCAUUGCUGGAAGCUAUGAUGGAAGAUCUGACGAGAAGAAGAACCAAUUCAUUGCAGGCAGUUACGAUGGCAGAUCUGACGAGAAGAAGAACGAAUUCAUCGCUGGAACUUAUGAUGGACGUUCUGAUGAAAAGAAGAACGAAUUCAUCGCUGGAACUUAUGAUGGUAGAUCUGAUGAGAAAAAGAACGAAUUCAUUGCUGGAACUUAUGAUGGAAGAUCUGAUGAAAAGAAGAACGAAUUCAUCGCUGGAACUUAUGAUGGACGUUCUGAUGAAAAGAAGAACGAAUUCAUCGCUGGAACUUAUGAUGGACGUUCUGAUGAAAAGAAGAACGAAUUCAUCGCUGGAACUUAUGAUGGACGUUCUGAUGAAAAGAAGAACCAAUUCAUCGCUGGAAGUUAUGAUGGAAGAUCUGAUGAAAAGAAGAACGAAUUCAUCGCUGGAACUUAUGAUGGACGUUCUGAUGAAAAGAAGAACCAAUUCAUCGCUGGAACUUAUGAUGGAAGAUCUGAUGAGAAGAAGAACCAAUUCAUUGCAGGCAGUUACGAUGGCAGAUCUGACGAGAAGAAGAACGAAUUCAUCGCUGGAACUUAUGAUGGACGUUCUGACGAGAAGAAGAACGAAUUCAUCGCUGGAACUUAUGAUGGUAGAUCUGAUGAAAAGAAGAACGAAUUCAUCGCUGGAACUUAUGAUGGUAGAUCUGAUGAGAAGAAGAACGAAUUCAUUGCUGGAACUUAUGACGGUAGAUCUGACGAGAAGAAGAACAACCAAUUCAUUGCAGGCAGUUAUGAUGGUAGAUCUGAUGAAAAGAAGAACGAAUUCAUUGCUGGAAGCUAUGAUGGAAGAUCUGAUGAGAAGAAGAACCAAUUCAUUGCUGGAAGUUUCGAUGGACGUUCUGAUGAGAAGAACCAAUUCGUUGCUGGAAGUUUCGAUGGACGUUCUGAUGAGAAGAAGAACCAAUUCGUUGCUGGAAGUUUCGAUGGACGUUCUGAUGAGAAGAAGAACGAAUUCAUUGCCGGAAGUUAUGAUGGACGUUCUGAUGAGAAGAAGAACCAAUUCGUUGCUGGAAGUUAUGAUGACCAGAAAAACACUUUGAGUGCUGGUAGCUUUGAUGGGCGACACGGCGAACAUAUUAGACAAAGAUUAAACUUUUUCGGAACUUCUGAUGAAACACCCGAAUCAAACAAGAAUUUCGCUGGUUCCUUUGAUGGUAGAAAGGAAACAAGGCAUCAUCAUCAUGAAGGAAAAAUUAACCGUAAAAAUUUUGUUGCUGGAACUUUCGAUGAGUUAGAUAAUAGAGCUAGACAAUUUUCGCAUGACUUCUUACCCUUUGAGGAGGACAAGGCUGACAAUGCACUCGAUAAAAACUUGAAAAAUACUGCCCAAGAAAUUGCUGAAGAUAGUAAAAUGAACAAUGUUCAAUUUGAAUCAGGAAAUAUUUCUGAUGGUAAAGAAAUUAUUGGCAAAUAUGUCAAAAUUUCUGGAAAUAUGGAUGAAGACUUUAGUCAUCCAUUCAUGGAGCUCUUGAAGCAAAUCUCAAAAAGAGCUGAUAUGAAAUAA